AUGUGGUGCUUCCUGUGGGGCAUGGCCUUCGUCCCCUUCUUCUUGGUGACCUGGUCAGCGGCAGCAGUCAUCAUCUCCUACCUUGUGGCCGUGCUCUCCGGACAUGUGAAUCCCUUCCUGCCCUACAUCAGUGAUACAGGGGCAACCCCUCCAGAGAGUUGUAUUUUUGCAUUAAUGAUAAACUUUUCUACAUUUCUUGGCACAGCCACAAUCUACAUGAGAUAUAAAAUAUUGGAGAAGCAGAAUGAAACUAGCUAUUUCAGCACGCCCAUCUUUAACUUGGCAUCGCUAGUCCUUGGCCUGGUGGGCUGCAUCGGGAUCGGAAUAGUGGCCAAUUUUCAGGAGCUGACCAUGCCUUUGGUGCACCACAGCGGCACCCUGCUGGCCUCCCUGUGUGGUGUGAUGUACAUCCUCCUGCAGUCCCUCAUCUCCUACAAGACUUGCCCCCAGUGGAACAGCUUGUCCAUGUGCCAUGUGAGGAUGGCCAUUUCUGUGGUAUCCUGCACAGCUGUCCUCCCCAUGAUUGCCUGUGCGUCCAUGAUUUCAAUCACCAAGCUGAAGUGGAAUCCAAAAGAAAAAGAUUAUGUUUAUCACCUUGUCAGCGCAAUCUGCGAAUGGACUGCAGCCUUUGGUUUCAUUUUCUACUUCCUGACGUUCAUCCAAGAUUUUCAGAAAGUGACCCUGAAGAUAUCCAUCAAAACCAAAAUGGACAUCUGA